GGGUUAGGCUGCGUCUAGCUGAUUGCGCUGUGUAAGUUUGUAGUUUGCGUGCUGUCAUGGGAGGAAUGUGGAUUAGGAGCCCUCACGUUUAUAUGAGAACAAGCGCUGUAGCGCGCUGAUCGUGCUGCAGGGUUAUAUAUUUGCCUCUUUUUUAACAAUACAUGCAAGUGUAAGAUUUGAUUAUGAGAAAUGCAAAGCAAAUUUAUGGACGUGAUCGACCACUGUUGAUUUUUUUAACGUAAAUGCACGGAAGGGGGAGAGGGGGCUGGUGUCCUUCUCUGGUCUGUUUUUUUAAGGACUUGACUGAAGGGGAACUUGUCAAGAUGGCAGCAUCUGGAGAAACGGGAAUGCAUUGGCAAUAAAUGCAAGGAGCUUCGAUUCAUCAGCAGGCUGUUGCUCGAGGUAGCUGGACUAUAAGGAUUCGUCGGUGUGCUGUGAUCUUUGUUAUCCGUUAGCCUGUAUCAUAUUGCUGUGGAUGUUCUUACGCGUGGCAUCACUGAAGGAUUUUCUCUUGUAUUAAGGGGUCGGGAGGGGGGCUUUCGCCUGCAGGCAGCCGGAGGAGUGGCAACAACCUGCGAAGUGGAGGGGCAGAGGAAAAAUAAACAAACUCGCGGAGAUUGAGGUGGCGUCGUGGGCAUCCUUACGAGGGUGACGCGCCUGCAAAAUGACUUGACUGGAGUGACAGCAAGAAGAACCGCGACUGAGGUGUGCAGAGCUGGAGCACACUGCACAAGUAACGCACAGCAACAUGCUGACAUGUUAGAGCCAAACUGCGUGCAUUUUUUUAAUUAGAAGACUUCAUUUACCAUUUUUACGGAUUAUUCGUUUUUUGCACAUGCUAUUUGCGAGGGUCGUAAAGGAGAAUGACUUUGUAAUUUACUGACAGAGCAGGUGGAAUAAGGAUCAAGAAAGAAAGAUGUCAGAUGUACCCCAAAUCGAUUCCCUGGACCCCCUGGAUAUCGAAAUAGACCCCGAUUUCCAACCUCAAACCAGGCCGAGAUCGUGCACUUGGCCCCUGCCCAGACCUGAGCUGCAGUCCAAUGUGGAAAAGACGGAGUCUGCCGAUAACUCCAUCAUCCCCGAGGAGGAAGAUGAUGAGGAGGAGGUAUCCAGCUUAAUGAAUACUAAUGAUGGGGGCAUACAGUGCAACAGCAGCAUUGCCGGAGAAGAGCAAAGCGGGCCCACCAUACUGCUAGUGGAGGGCACAGGGGUCGCAGCGGUUGCCCACGAGACGUCCGGCUCACCACUCUCGUCCCACUCACCCGGCCACGCCGGAAACGUUACCGGUAACAGCGGCUUGGGCUCUCAGCAACAGAGAAAAGCGUCCUCUCGCAGGAAUGCCUGGGGAAAUCUCUCAUACGCUGACCUCAUUACCAAAGCUAUCGAGAGUUCGCCCGAAAAAAGACUCACGCUGUCUCAGAUCUACGAUUGGAUGGUCAGGAGCGUACCUUACUUCAAGGAUAAAGGGGACAGUAAUAGCUCGGCGGGAUGGAAGAACUCCAUUCGACACAAUCUGUCCUUGCACAGCCGAUUUAUUCGGGUGCAGAAUGAAGGCACAGGGAAAAGCUCCUGGUGGAUGAUCAACCCAGAUGGAGGGAAAGGUGGAAAAGCUCCACGCCGGAGGGCUGUUUCAAUGGACAAUAGCAACAAAUACACUAAAAGUCGCGGACGUGCAACAAAGAAGAAGGCAUCUCUGCAGUCAGCUCAGGAAGGAGGCGCUGAGAGCCCAACCAGUCAACUGUCCAAGUGGCCUGGCAGCCCCACGUCACGCAGCAGUGAUGAGCUAGAUGCUUGGUCUGACUUCCGCUCACGCACCAACUCUAAUGCAAGCACUAUUAGUGGACGUCUUUCACCAAUUUUAGCCAAUACUGAGCUGGAUGAGGUUCCUGACGAUGACUCACCUCUUUCUCCAAUGCUGUAUUCCAGCCCCAACAGUCUGUCUCCAUCCGUCAGUAAGCCAUGCCCCGGGGAACUUCCUAGGUUGACAGAUCUGGCUGGCACAAUGAAUCUUAACGAUGGACUUGCAGAGAACAUUAUGGAUGACCUUCUGGACAAUAUCAGCUUGACUCCACCACAGCAAUCCUCUCCAGCAGGCAGCAACAGUAGCAAUGGGAGCGGAGGGCUGAUGCAGAGAAGUUCCAGCUUUACUUGUGGCUCCAAAACCACUGGUCUGGGUUCAUCUUCCAGCAGUUUCAGUAAUUCUAUCUUUGGACCCUCGCCUCUAUCCACUUUGCGCCAGUCACCCAUGCAGACAAUACAGGAAAACAAGCAAACAACCUUCUCUUGCAUUUCCCACUUUGGUAACCAGACUCUUCAGGAUUUACUAAGCUCUGACUCCCUUAGUCACAGUGACGUAAUGAUGACACAGUCAGACCCCCUUAUGUCCCAAGCCAGCAGUGCUGUUUCAUCACAAAACGCCCGUCGCAAUGUCAUGCUUCGCAGUGAUCCAAUGAUGUCUUUUGCCGCUACUCAGUCCAACCAGGGAAGCCCAGUUAAUCAUGGCAGCUUGCAUCACCAGCCCCAGUCUCAGAGUUCGCCAAUGAGAGGAGGAGGGAGUGGCCACAGCAAUUUAGUCAAUGGGGGGAUCAGCUUGAUGAAUGAAACCAACAAUUUGAUUUCUGUCAAGCACCACCUGCAGUCCCCCAGUGGUGGUAAUCAAUCUAUGCAAAUUGGCCUUUCAGACUCUUCAUUAUUCUCCAGCAUCAGCAGUGGUGGCAUUAACCAUCCUUCCAUGAAUCAGGAGAAGUUUCCUAGUGACUUGGACCUGGACAUCUUCAGUGGCAGUCUUGAGUGUGACAUGGACUCAAUUAUCAGAAAUGAGCUGAUGGAUGCUGAUGGCUUGGACUUCAAUUUUGAUACACUCAUCUCUGCUCAGAAUGUCGUCACUCUCAACGUAGGAAGUUUCACUGGUGCAAAACAAACAUCAUCACAGAGCUGGGUGCCAGGUUGAAAACCCCACCAUUCUAUAAGUAGUGUGGAUGGACAAACCAGGUCCAUAACAUGAUGCAAGACCCCAGCCCUUUGCCAAAAUCUUCUGUCAGCAUGACAUGGACACCGGUGUGCUUACAGAACGUAAUCUUUUUGGUUUUUUUUUCUCAACUUCCUAAAUAAAAGCUAAAGGGUUGCCAUGAACAGAUGAUCCUUGCUUCAGAAAAUGAAGACACAAGCAAAAAUCAGAAGGAAAAACAAUUUCAGCCUACACCUUUUAUGCAAUCUUUCUUUUACCUGAAACGUCCAGAGACUACACAAUGCUUAAAUUAGAAAGACACUGAUUGUUCAAUAUUAAUGGAACUUGCAAGUAUUACGUAGCUUUUUGCAGUAGUAUCUAUAGGGAAAAAAAGUAUGUGGUGUUAAGCAAUGGUUCCCGGAUUGUGUAGUUCUUACUUUCUUUUUAUCUUUUCACAUUGCUGUAUGCUCCAGCUCAGCAGUUGUAUUUCUGCUGUUUCCACUGAAAAGGAACAGAAAUCAGAAAAGAAAUCCAGAACAAUGAAGUUUAAAACAAAACAAAAAAGAAUUGCAACCAUGAAUCCAGGAAACAGCAAAGGGAGUGAUGAGUCUGCCUGCGAAUGGAUUAUCCUGUUUUUAUUAACCUCAAGAAUCUGGCACUUGGAUUAUUCAAAUGAAGAAGUACAAGACACGAGGGCGGCUUUGAUCAUAAGACUCGCUUUCACAAGUGGUGCACUCGGAUUUUGUUUUCUCUUUCUUUCCUUUGUCCUUUUUCAAUCAGAUCGACACGCAAUGGUACACGUUUUUUGCCACCGUCGCGGCGGGGCGAAUUCUACAUGUCUGUUUGUAUGUAACUGUAGAGGAAAACCCUGUCUGUCGAGGUCCUGUCUAGGAGAGGGCUUUUCUUAAUCAGUACACAGUAUAAAUGUAGCCAAAACCAGAUGUAGACUUGUUCUGAUAGUUGCGUCCCUAAGGGUGCUAUACAGUGUUCAGCCUGUUUCCCUGGGCUUCUUUCUUUUCCCUAGCUGACCACAAAGACGUUUUCAUCAAGAAAAAAAAAACAAAAAAGCAAGCUAAUGAAAGUUUGCAAACAGCUUUGGACUUACAAGUAUUCCGUUUGGAAGCCAUUUUAUUAGGAAACUGAUAAGCUUUUGUGUAUAUUGCCAAACUACUUGAAUAUGUAGGCGAUGCUGGCAGCCAAAAAAAUGACAAAACAAAAAAAAAAUAAUAAUAAUAAAGCAGGAGGAGAAAACUAGUUUUAAUAAGAGUUUACUUGUAUGUGUGAAUUAGAACCUGUUAUAUAUGCAAUAACCCUAGGACUCAAGAUGUUUCCUUUUGUUUAAACAUCAUUAGUAUUGAGUCAAAUAAUAUUGUUUGUAGCUUUUUCUUAUUACCGAUUUUUUUUGUUAAUAUAGGAACAAGAAAAACAACUUGAUUUUUUUCUUUCUUCAGCGAGAUACAGGGAGACAAAAAGCAUAAUCAGCAGGAAUAUAUAUAUAUAUUUUUUGUUACACAGAAGCAACUUCCUUUAUUACACUGACAUCAAAAACAAUUGGCAGGAAAUGCGAUGUUUUGUUUUAAAUCUGUCACACUUUUUCCCCCUUUGAUGUUGCAUUAGUAGGUAUACGUAAACACAUACAUAAUAUACAUAUAUAUAACAGACAUAUAUAUAUAUGUAUACAAUGUAUAUGUUCCUUUUUUUUUUUCUCUGUUCUAUUUUAACUUGUGUUCAGGAAGGCUUGAACGGAGGACAUGCAGUCAGCAAUUUGCUUCACAGAGAGGCACAGGAGCAGCAAAGGUGAAAGGCAAAGACUAGUCGCCAUUCCUAAAACGAGAAUUCACUUUUAUCAGGCAGCUCGGAGUACUGUUCUGAUGUAGACUGUGGAGAAUUCUUAUUUUCUACAAUAAUGUAAUGCUUCUUAUUCUGUUUGAUUAUGGAACCAUGGCAGGUCAUUGUGCAUGGCUGGUAGAUAAUUGCAUUCUUCGCAGUGCACCUCUGAUGUUUUUAACGCAUGAUUCCUACCCAUUCUGAUAGCCAGCGGAUGCCCUUGUACCCGUCCUGCUUGUCCCGGCGUCGAGCGCCUCCUCCCUGACAUGACUACACCUUUACUGUGCCUCCAUCCCCCUUCCCCGUUCCUUAAGGAAAAAAAAAAAAAAAAAAGAAUAUUUAUGUAAUAAUGAUAUGAUGGAUCUUUUUUUCUAACUAUUGUAACUAUGUACCACUUUAUAUAGAAGUUCCCUCUUGAAUGCCUACCCUAGUUAUCUUUCUUUAUCUCUUUGGUUUGUUCAUUUAUUCAUUUUGUUUUUAGCACAUCGAAGAAAUGUGUUUUUGUGCUAACGUGUUGGUAGGUUGCUAGCAUAUCAACAAUUAAAUGCAACUGUGAACUAUUAAUAUUUUCCAUCGGCGUCUCUUAUUAAGGUAGUAGAGCAGAUUGUGAGCUUUGCCACACAUUUUUGGUCCCAGCAAGACAUCACCAACAAGGCAGCAGCUACGCGUCCUUAUCCUUCAAAACAGUGCAGGCGCGGUUCAAUUCAGACUUGUCAUACACAAGGCCUUUCUGCCAACUUGACCAAACAGAGUUUUAUUUUUCUACAUCUCGUGCGUAAUCAAUCACAUUCCUUCUUAAGGCUAAUUUGCUGAACCCUUUCUUCUAGCUCUGAUUUAUUUGUGGCUCUGACAUAAAGAACAAAGGGCCUACAAAGCUUGCCAAUUGCCUUAAACAGUGAUGGAGAUGUAGGCAUCUUUGGAAUUUUUUUUCUGUUUUUGUCGUAGAGAGAGAAAGAGAGAGCCUGAGCUGACAGUUAAUGCACUAAAGCCUUUUAUCGCUUGAAUUAUUUCUGAGUAAAUAAGGCUUGUAACUGCUUAGAGCCGCGCAAUUUGCAUUCAGAGGCUGAUUUGGAGAGCAAAGCCAAAAUAAAAGAGGAAUCUGGCAUCUGUCGUAAUCUUGGGCAUCCUGAGAGGAGAGAGCAGGCAGGGUUUUCUUUGCGUCAUCGGUGAUACCUCUGGGUUUGAAAACGGUAUGGAGAGACAGUCAAGCAGUAGCUGAAACUCCCCAAGGAUGGCUUUCAAGAUCAUUUUUCAGGCAUAAUAGAGGCUGCGCUUGUUCUUUUUCACUUCCUUUCUGUUACUCUUAUUCAUGUUGUCAUGGCAGGUUCACUGAUCGAAUAAAGGGCUUUUUUUACAGCUAUGAAGGAACCCUGUGAACUUGAAAUUCAAAUGAAACACGCUCUGCAUGUAAUGAUAUAGCGGUUGCAGGUGUGUCAUAAAUUUUUCUUUUAAUCACUGUGGCAAAAAAAAAAAAAAAAUAAUAAAAUAAAAUACACAAAUGGCAAGAGCUGUCAUUAUUUAUCACAUGCAAGAAAGCCAUCUGCCAGGAAGGAGAAAAUAUACUACCUUAAUAAUCGACAAUAUGUCAAGACUUCAUUUUAACCGUUUCCCUUUGAAUAUCACUUGUAAUGGCUUCACUGCUUGAUGUUGGUGAAUCUUUCCCUGUGUUUCCAUUAUGAACUGUAAUCUAGUUUGUAUAAGAAAUAGUGCGCAUGUAAAUAAAGCUCUGUGAAGAUGA